AUGGAGUCGCAGGUAGAUAAGAAGAUCGAGCCGGGCAUGAAGAAGCGCCUGCAGCAUCUUAAGGGGUGGCGGGGCAUCAACAACCCCUGGAUGGCAGAGGGUGAUGACGGGGAGGACUACCUGUACAUCAACCUGCUGACUAAUCCGGAGCGGUACACUGGGUACAAGGGCGAGCACGCGCACCGCAUCUGGAAGGCGAUCUACGACACGAUCGACUGCGCCGCGCGCGAGGCGGGGCAGUGCACCGAGGCUCGCGUCUUCCAGCGCCUGGUCAGCGGCAUGCACACGUCGAUAUCCACCCACCUGACGGCCUACUGGCUGCUUGAUGAGGACAAGGGGGUGUGGGGGCCAAACAUGGCCGAGUUCAG